AUGAUUAAACAGCCAUGGAUCUCGUUUUACUUUGUGUGACAUUGUUGUUAUUAGGAGCCUGUAGAGAUGCAAAGGCACAGCAGCAAAAGAACGUUCUCUUUAUAGCUGUGGACGACUUAACUUAAGGCCAGAACUAGGUGCUUAUGGCGCCAACUACGUGUCAAGUCCUAACAUUGAUUCACUUGCAAGUAUAUGCUAUUUGAAAGAGCUUAUUGUCAAGCUGCUGUGUGUGCACCGUCACGAGCUUCACUGCUAACAGGACGCAGGCCAGAUACUAAUCAUGUGUGGAGGGUGUCUGAUGAUGAGUAUUGGCGUACAGUUCCUGAUGCUACCAAUGCCACAACUAUUCCUCAAUAUUUCAAGGAAAAUGGAUACAUAUCCAUUGGAAUGGGUAAAAUAUUUCAUCCCGGAGCACAAGGAGGAAGCAAUGAUGCAUUAUAUUCAUGGAGUCCUGAGGGCCUGCCAUACUUUGAGGCAGACACUCCUAGAAGUGAUGUUCGUAUAGCACAAGGAUCAGCUUGGUACAGUUUUACUGAUUAUGAUGACAACCGCCUUGAUGAUGGUAAAAUAGCUGAUAAUGCCGUUAGUGUUCUACAGCAACUAAAACAGAACAGAAGUAAUGGCGAUGCCAGACCUUUUUUUCUGGCAGUAGGCUUUCUAAAGCCUCACCUUCCAUUUUAUUGCCCAUCUAAAUAUUAUGAUCUUUAUCCUCAAGCCUCAGAUAUAGCAUUACCCAGCAAUCCAGACCCUCCCCAAGACAUGCCUGAAAUUGCGUGGACUCCAUGGAGGGAACUCCGUAACUACUAUCCUAACAUAUCUUCGAACAUGUGUAGUAGAACACCUUCGUCCAUCACUGAUGUGAAUUGCCAGGUGUCUUCUAAUACAACAAAAGAGCUAAGGAGAGGCUAUUAUGCCUGUGUCAGUUACAUUGAUGCACAAGUAGGGAAAUUGAUGGCUUCGUUAGAGUCGGAAGGAUUCAGUGACGAUACGAUAGUGGUGUUAUGGGGUGACCAUGGGUAUCAUUUGGGAGAGCUUGGAAUGUGGUGCAAAAAUAGUAAUUUUGAAGAUGCUACACGUGUUCCUUUUAUGGUUUGUGUUCCUGGUGUAACUGAUAAUGGAAUGAAAACUGAUGCACUUGUUGAACUGAUUGACUUAUUCCCUUCACUGACUGAACUAGCAGGAAUAGAUGUACCUCCAAUGUGUACUGAGAAUAGUGCCAAGUCCAUUGCUUGUGUAGAGGGUUCUAGUGUUGCCCCUUUACUGAACAAUCCUACAAUGGCUUGGAAAAAUGGAGCCUUUUCUCAGUUUCCUCGUCCUGCAGCUGGAUUGAGUGUGAUCCCAGGAUGCCCUCCAUUUCCAGAUGAUGAGAAUAAUGAGAGUGUAAUGGGGUAUUCAGUACAUGUUGACAACUACCGAUUCACUGAAUGGUAUCGUUUCAAUCGUACUACAUCAACUGCAAACUUCUCCGAUAUUUGGGGGACCGAACUCUACAAUCACUCAAGCCCUACUGUAUCCUUUAAUGAUGAAAAUGUUAAUCUUGCCAAUCAACCUGAAAUGGCAGUUAUUGUGAAGGAACUACGCUCACUCCUACAAGCAGGAUGGAAGGCAGCAUUGCCUAAUGUUACCAGCACUGAAUCAACUCCUACACUAUCAGGAGGAAGUAACUUAUCUUAUCAUGUUAUUAGCAUGGUUCUGUCCUUGUUGCUGCUUUAUGUAGUAUUUUAAAAUGUUUUAAAAUAAUCCAUGCUCUCUUUUAAUCCAUUCUGCUCCUUUUAUUUAUUGCCAUUAUUAGUUGUUGCUGAUAUUGCUUUUCUAAUGGUUUUGUUUUAGUGAUACUACUAUGGUUCUUUCAUAUCAUCACAUAGUUUU